GGUAGAUGAGGUGCGUGUCUCACCGAGGAAGCGCCAACGCACCGCACCGCACCGCACCGCAGAGGGCUGAGGGAGAGAAACAGCUAAUGAGCAGAGCAGACACGCAGCUCCUCACACACAGAUCCACGCAUCGUGUCAGAGCCGGAGAGACCAUGAAGAGCAGCAGUGGACCGAGGAGGAAAGACACACCUGCAGACGCCUGAGUGAAGCAGCAGGAUGGCGGGGGGCCGGAGGGGACUUGUGGCCCCUCAGAAUACUUUUUUGGAGAAUAUUGUCAGACGUUCAAACGGUAAGGAUGAAGUUCAUGACGGUGAGUUGAUCAGACAGACUCUGAGACUGAAAUCAAAUCUCAGCUCUGUCAUAUCAAACCUACAAACUAACAAAUAAGUGUAGCCAAUAGGAUUUAUGGGACAAGUUAUUGUAUCAUUUUCUGUCAUUUAAAUACGUGGUUGGAAAAAAUACUUUAGUGUGAAUAAUUUUGGUUUUUCACAUUUCAAAAUGUUCCUGCAGUAAAUGUAAUUCUGCUCUGACUCUUGCCUGCAAAGUGUCUAUUCCCUUUAGGAGUGUAUUAAAGCAGGGGGAAACAAGCAGGUUGGUUCUUACCACAGAUUACAUGAGGCUGCAUAAGUCUAAAUUGAAAGAUAUAUUCACUGCGCAGGUCUUCAUACUUGAUAAGUCUACAUUUAUGUUGUGAUUCCCAAGUUAAUAGAUAUUAUUUAACUAAUUUCUGUUCAGGUGGAGUGAGAAAUCAGUGCACAACAAUUCCCCCUUUGGGCAGCAGAUUGAUUUAAAGUUGAAUAAUUCAGCUUUAAGCCCUUAUUAUUUAUCAGUUUAAUAACCUACAGAAGCUACGAACACAUCUUGAAUGGUUGGUCUUCUCUACCAAACCUCAAGCUUGACCAAAUUAAGACAACUGCAGACUCUUCUUAUUUUGCAUCUUAAUUUUUGCCGAAUCCAAAAGCUGUUAAAAAGACUGGGCCAAAUAAAUAAGAAUAAAAAAUAAAAAAAAUCAGAUGUGUCCAUUAUAGCACUGUCAAAUAAGCAUCAGCUUUAUCAAGACCAAAAAAAAUUGAUUCAUUGAAUAGUUGAAAGUUUUAAAACGCAUUUUCUUUAUCGUAUAUUUUGAUUUGUCAAAGUAGUCUACUACCUCUGAGAAAUACUUAAGUCCUGACCAGUAAGAAAGAUUCGUCUGUUCAGAUGUGAAAACAGGUAACCACACUGAUAGCUGAAAACUUACCAAACUCUGAGUGAGGUAUUUUUGGAUAUUGGGGUGUCAGUUUUAUUUCUCGUUUCUAAAUUAUUGGAUUCAAUAGGAAGUGACAGGACCGACUGGAUAGUUAUCACACUAGACAGCUAGCUGUGAAACAGAACCAGGAGCUCUCUGCAGUAGAUGCGGCGUGUGCAUCUCCGACCACUCUCAGGAGGAAGAGUUGAUGCACACUCGCUAGUCAAGCAUGAGCUGUAGUUUCUUUUUGAAACAGGGUUUUUCUGGAGUUACGCUUUACUUUCAAUGUUUUUUUGGUCUAUGGCACCAGAAGUAUGCAGGGAUGUGUGUGUCUUUGUUUGCACUCCUAGAGCCUCACAGUCAGCCUGCCCUGGCUGAACAUAGCUACUCGAAAAUGUGUUGUGACAGAAGGGAACAACUUGUUCAGGAAGGAUGAGGGCUUCUCUCCAGGAUGAGCAUUUUAGAAGAACAGUGUUAGGAGCUGAAUCACUGAAAUAAAGAUAAGAUGAGUCCCCAGUGAAAAACAAAAGCCAUGCAUAUGCUUUUCUUAUGACCUUGGGUGGUCUGUGGAUUAGUAAUGUAAAUCUCCUUAAAGCAAGUGUAGAAACAGAGAGCCAGGACUAUAAUCUGCAGGACACCACUGAGACAUACUGAAGUGUUAAGAGGGGGAUGCUGUGGUUGGUGGGAAAAUCACAGACGCUGGUAUAAUCCUACAACUGUGAUCCAUUUUGAAAUACUUUGCGCUGCGUUUUAGUUCAAAACUAACCAGGCCUUACUUCCAAAGUCUUCAGGAUUCACCCAUACCAAAACUAAGAAAUGCUGCACAAAAGCAACCAAUAAGGGUCACUCUGUUUCAUUUUAGUAUCAUUUAACAAUGCUUAUUAGCGUAACAUGGACAACACAAGUCACCAAAACAAGAAAUGCAACAUGAAAUUGAACCAGUGUGCAACCAGAGCACUCUUAGACCCCUGAAAUCCCCCAAAUCACUUUUCUUACACUGUGAAGCUAGUUGUGCAUUAUUACCACCUGCUCUUAGACCUUUGCAAAUAAGGUUUUGUUAUUUUUGAGGGUAGGAAAAUUACUUAUCAGACCAUGUGAGGAUAGUAGGCCCCAUCAUCUUAUUCAGUUAUCUUUAAACAAACAAACAAACCGAUAAAAUCGUACUCUCUGAAAUUUGAGGGAUCUUAGAGGUAUAAUUUUGCAAAGGCCACUGGAAGAACCAUCAGAUUCUCCAGUACUUCUGGAUUAUUUUCACUAAUGACUCAUGAUACACUGUAGAUAAUCCAAAGAAACAAUAAUAGCUGAUUGGAUUUACAGUCCAGCCUUGAUAGUAGAUCUAAUCCAUGAACAAGCUGAAAGUACAUCACCAAGUCGCAAACUAGCGAAAGUAGCGGAUCUGACCCACAAGCUACUGGCCACGCUGAAGGUCUUGCCCCUUUGAAAACCACCUCUAGUUAAGAUGUACAGUUGCAGCAUUUGGAGUUAUUCUUCUUGGACAAGUGGUGAAAUGUACUUUAGUUUUCAGUCGCUGAAACUUCAUGACGUAGCAAGCAGCGAGUCUUUGUAUCUAUCAGUGCUUUGGUGCUGACUGAGACUGGGUAGUGUAUGUAUGUAUGGAGGGAUAUCAGAGCAAGACUGAUUUCAGUUUUCCAGUUUUCUGCCAAGAACAUCAGAAUAGCCAAGAUGAUGCACUUAAUUUAGCUUAAGAAUAGCUGUCAGAACUUGUAUAUGUACUCUUUUUUGGUGAUAAAGGACCAAGAAAAUACAACAAAAAGACGCUUUUGGUGACUUGAUGAAUGAAAAAAGACGAAUGUGUUUUUAUUAAGUUUCAACUAGCCAGCUGGAUGUCAACAUAAGCUAAUGUAUGCUAACAAAUAAGCAGCAACAUUUGUGUAAGGGUAAGCAAACUUUCAGCUUGUUUUUCAGAUACUUUAUUAAGGCAAAUUGAUAAAUGCAGCUCCAGUCUGCAGUAACUUAAUUUAUGUGCCAUUUUAAAAAUGAUAUCACGUACCCUUCUUCACAAAUAAGCUGCAUCAAGUUGUUGUGUUUCCAGAGGUUAGCAUCCAUUCAGGCUCACUCCAUUCAGUGAGAAUUGUGAAAUUCAUUGGGUUUUGAAAGCUACCUUUUUCUCUUUUGCUUUCCAUUUUAUUUUCUGACAUUAAAGAUGUUUCUGAAUAUAAUCUGUUAACUUUGUUUCCUUUUUUAAAACUUUCAGUUUGGACACUUUCACAUAGACAGACAGGUACUACGAAGUUUAGUUUGAUGUGCUGCUUAUGUUUUCUCUACUUCUUUGUAAUGUACUACUAAAUGUUCUAUACCAAAUGUUGUUAAUUUACAAAGUUAGUCACUACUAAUUUGACAAGUUUAAAACGUUUGAGAAAAGUUGCUGCAACACAGCAAAUUCAGGACAAAUAACAACUUUAAAGUUUUGUACAUAAGCCAAUUAACUCCCUAUAUUAACGUUUGUCUGAUCAUUGUAAAAUAACACGUUGGCAUGGAACGUCGUAUGCAUUUUAACCUGUCAGUCUAUCAUGCUCUUAGUUGUCAUUUCAAUGUGUUUUUACUCUGGCGUGAUUGAAGAGAUGUUUGUAUUUGUGUGUGUGAGUGUCGGUGUGUGUUGUUGUGGCAUUACUGUUCAUGUUUCCUCCCAGAUUAUUUUAUUCCCUUUGCUCUUUCACCCCUGUGUUGUCACAUUGUUGUAUGAGUAGCAAGAUUUUUUACAGAUUUUAUUACUCAGUCCGCCUCAUUUCUCCUGUCUUAUUUAAAACCAUUUGUCCUUUCGUCAUUGGCCAAAAUUGUGUGAAUGGAUCACAUUUUUUUAUAUAUUUCAUAAGUGUUAUUUUAAUAUUAGUAAUCAAAAAUUAUCCAUGACAGCAAGACCCAGAUGGAGAUUUCUCAGCUUUUGCUCACAACUAUGGAAUACACUUUACUGUAACUUUGGAAACAAAUGAUAUUUGUCUCAAGUUGGAGUUAUUUUGUUAAAUAAUGUGCAAAUAAUGAGAUACAGUAGGUCCAUGCAGUCUCACAUACUCUGUAUGUCAUGAAAGCACAGUUAUGGCAAAGGUUAAUGCUCUGAUUAGAUGCAUAAAUCAUGUUCAUAUUAAUAAUUAUAAUGUCGAAAUCAUAGAGCAAACCAUUUUUUAUACACAUGAACCAUAUCAAGAUUAUCAAGAGUAAUUCUGUGUUAUUUUCAUGGCAUGUCUGCAGCUUAAAAUACACCCUCAGCAAAACAGGCUGUUUCAGAUAUGCACACAACUUAAUCAUUAUUUAGGUUUAUUAACAUUUUGACCAUGAAUAAAUUUUGCUUAGAGGCCUUGUUAAAAUUUGAAUAUGGUAAUCACGCCAUAUAUGAAUUAAUGGACUUCUCUUUCAGUGACAUUUAAGAAUUGAUGUCAGCAUGUAUUAAUAUUUGUACCCUAUAAUGCCAAUUUAUCUUAAUAAACACUAUUUACCCUUUAAAUUAUGAAAACACAAAACACAAGUGACCCCUGCUUUACCCAAAAACUUUGAAAUAGCUUACUUACUCUGUAAAUUACUUUACAUUAUAAGACAAAGCGCAAAACUGUAGUUUGAACUCAACACAGAUUUUUGUGUUGUGCUUACAUCCGACACACAAGGAGUGUGUAAUGGACUGUAGACCAUCAUAGACGCUAAUAAAACUCUGAUGUGUCUAAACUCCUAGAGGCGGUGUUACUCAAUCUUUUUAAUGACAGGGGAAACAUUAGAGGACAGCGUCAUUUUUUAAAACAAGAUUAUUGCUUAAAAAAAUGACACUAACUACUUAAUGAGACUCUCAGGUUGUGCUACCAAGGGAAAAGGAUCAUUUCCGUCAUAUAGGCCUUCAUUAAGUCACUAAUUACUCCCUCAUAUUUAAACUGACCUACCCAAAACUGACCUAAUACAACUCAAGGAGUGCUCCAAAUCAUUUAUCGAGUGUUAAACCAUUGAGUAUGAGCACAAGUUUCUAUUUCUACUAAUACUUUUUCAACAAUUAUGAAAAUGUUUUUAGAUAAACGCUUUGAACUUUAUCUCAAAUUCACUUUUCCUCGAGCAUCUGCUUUGUAGUCGUGUGCUUCCAUAGUCUCAAUAGCUGUUAUGUCUUUCUUUCAAUCUUUGUAAUAUUCACUAACUCCUUGAUUUUGAUAUUGAUCAAAUAAAUGAAACUAAAGUUUUUCCCCAAUAAAUACCAUAUUUCAUUUCUAUAAAUUUUUGUUAUGAGCAAACUCUUUAACACUGGAGUUAUGUGCUUCUGUCUUUGCCUUUUGCCUCCAAACAGAUACCAACUUUGUCCUCGGAAACGCUCAGAUAGUGGACUGGCCCAUUGUCUACAGCAAUGACGGUUUCUGCAAGUUGUCCGGGUAUCACAGAGCCGAGGUGAUGCAGAAAAGUAGCACCUGCAGGUAGGAGAAAGAGCCGGUGUGUCUUAGAAAUGAUAGAUUAGGAUUAAAGAGGAAAGAGGUAAACUGUUUUAUAGAUACGCUCACUUUCACAUUAAGGGGUUAGAAAACAACAACAACAAAAAAUGGAUUGCAGCUUUAUAAUCUAGGCAAAUACAAGUAUCUGGUUGGGUCUAAAAAAGGCUGAUUGGUACCUCCUAAAUAACGACACUGCAGUCUUUUACUUGGGGAGCUUUCAAUAUUUUGCCUUCACUUCUGGAUAUCUGUUAGGCAGUCCAUUCCCACAGUAUGUAAGAUAAACAAGAUUAGCAAGUGGCGCUGUAAGAACUUGUUUCAGCUAAAGUGCUGAGCUGGAUGAGCUUUAUCUUGACGGGCAAAGCCAAAGUUAUGCUGUUGUUGCAGUUGGACAAGAGGGAUGUCUGUUUUUUAAGGUUUUACUUGCGUCAAAUGGACAUAGAUGUGAUCUGCUUUGUUGUGGAGAUAACUGUUAUUUGUAGAUGUACACAGUGUUGACUAUGCCCCGAGUUGUUGCCUGUGCCUUUGUUAGUGUGCCUUUCAUUGACUGUGAGCUUAAUCAAAGCAUAAAGAAAACAAUGCAGAAAACAGUCCCUACUCCAUGAUCGCCCCGAUCGUUUUGAAAUAUUUAGAUUCAACCUGAUCAUUACUGCACUCUUUAGAUCUUUGCUGGUAGUGCGGCUGCAAAUUGGAGCUGCAGGGAACUAUCAAUCUUUGGAUUCAUUUCACACAUUAUACAGAGUUUAGCUCUAGGUAGUGACCCCGAUGAUCAAAGUGUGGAUACCACUGAGGCUCCUCUGCAGGGUUGCUGGGCUUGUAGCUAUUAAAGAGAGAACAAAGAUCUCUGCUUUUGUGCUCAGGGGCUUUUCUUUAUACCAAACCUCAAUAGUGAGGAGCCUGAAUUGACUUAUUCCCUGCAAAUUGGCAGCUUAGCAGUGCAAAGUGAAUAUCACUUUAUAUUCAGCUAUGUUAAAGAGAAAGUGGAUAUCACUUACAUGUUAUUCUCAUAAUUGGAGACAGUUAAUUUAGCAGAUAGCUUUGACAUAAAUCUGUGAUGUAGUCUGGUUGUAAGAGCUGAACCUGCAUCAGUAAAACUUUAGACAGGUUACCUGAGGCGCUGUCUUCACAACUGACAACAAAAAGCAACAAAAGCCUGUCUUUAAGUGAGAAGCAUUGUUAUUCCAAUAACAAGCUUCUAGACUGGUGCUUUUAUUGUCUGUCAUCAGCAUGUCUGUAACCACAAUAUUAAUAGGAUGACAUGGAAACAGUUGGUGCUGCCAGAUUUGGAAGCCGUGGGAGAUUUUGUCUGUUGUGGGAGAUGGUGUUUGUCACAGCCAGCACUGCGGCUAUUACUGAUUUAGACCCUUGGGUCCCCAAGCAUAAGCUUCAGAACACUUGCCAAUGCAAAUAUUGAACAGGGUGUGUGACAAUUUGCUUUAGGUUUAUUUUUAGAGGCUGCAGUGGAUUUGAUUAAAGUGUUUGGAUGGGGAAAGAAAACAGACUUCAAAACUUCUGACGGCUUUUGAGAUUUGUGAAAAUAUAUAAAUACGAGUGCUGAUUUUAUAAUAAGUGUAAAUGAAAGCUAUAGAGGGAGCUAACAAGCCUUUUUGUAGUCUCCUUGAAAGAACUGUGUCACUCGAACCAGUUAUAAAUAUAUAUUCAAAGACAAAAAUCACAAAUACAGUGAUAUGUAAAUCACAGACAGACUUAUUAAUUAUGAAAAUAAAAAGGUGUCAUUAAUAAAAGAUAAAGGGUGAGGUUUUAUGGUAAGUAACUGGUAUACAUUAACUUGCAAACUCAACAGACUGGGGGGAUAAAUUUUCUUGAUUUGGUGAUUCAUCAAGAGAACGAUUAGUGAUCAAAACCAGCAGAUCUACAUCUACAUGGCUACAGACAGCAAUUUCAGCCCAAUAAUAGCCUGGUAAUAGGUCCACCUUAAAGGUUAUAGGGUAAUGUCCUGACAAAGAGGUAGGUUUGAAAUCAUAAAUAUGUUUGUUAAUGUCUCUUAAUGCAUUAAGUUAGUUCAUUUUAUACUUUGAGGCAUCAUACAGAAAGAUUUAAUCAGUAUCAGGCCUUUCAUGAGGUUUCACUUUUGUUUUUCCUCCUUCCUUAUAACAUCAUGCAAGUCUUUAAAGAUUGCUUGCAAUGAUAAGUAAGGGGUAGUGUGCACACUUUCAUUUUUAAUAUUGUUAUUGUAAUCAUUACUAUAUAUUUUUUAAUCUUUGUAGGAAUUCAUAAAUCCUUUAAAGUCCUCAUCAUAUCAGACCUCAUCAUUUCAUGAACAGUUGGACGGGGUAGUUUAUUGUAAUCCCAGAAUCUUUCAUUAUUCCUCAAAUAUUCUUCUAUACCUUUAAUCAUUUGUCUGACAUUUUUCUUUAAUGUCUCUUAUGAGCGUGAUGAUGUGCCAAUAAAUCAUUUAGCGUGUUCACAUCUGAUGCGUUUGACGAUGACUCAAACACUAACUGUAUACUCAUCUCCUAAGAGUGUUACCGCUAAUGUUUUCAGCUCCCGCUGUCUUAGAUGUAAAGAUGUUUUUUCCAUGGAAACUGCUUCCACUGUCUCUUUAAUUAUGUAUACGUGUCAUUUCCAUACUGAAUCCUGUAAACAUACUGUGACAAACCUGUGGGAAUUUAUCACGCAUGAUGUGAAAUCAUUUGUUUUCUUUGAAGAGAGACACAUUCCUUGCGGCUCAGAGAAGAAGAGAAUGAGGACAGUCUUCUGUGAUAUUACAUCAAGCUCUGGUCUUAAAAGUCUCCACCGUGUCAGAACGUGGUCUCAUUAAAUUUAGCCUUCCUUUUGUAUUUAAUGAUAAACUCCGAGUUAUAUUUAGAUCAUGCCUGAACAGGCUGCCAGCGAGGGUGGCAUUAACCAGCAAAGUGAGAUGAAUGUCUCUGCGGCACGGUUAAAUGCGCUUAUGGAUGUUUGACCCAUCCUCAGGUUUAAUUUGUUUUUUGCGAGGUACUUUGCAUUUGCCCAAUUAGACACCAGGCUGCAUUUAUCUUUUUUUAUACUUUCAGGAUACAUUUCAGCAAGCUUUAAUCUGCUUCUACUCUAUCUUUAAUGCUGCCUAAUUCUGCAAUGAACCUCUCUGGAGGUCUCUCUGCAGCGAUCAAGAACUGGCCUGCAUAGUUUAGGUCGAACUUUUUAUAUUUGCAUUUCCUUUUUUUCUGUUUUUGUAGAAAUAUGCUGUUAAAUUAGGAUUCAAAAUGUUAGAGAAGACUCUAAAAGGAAUGUAAAAACAGGACGAGUUACCAUAGACCUUCUCAAUUCAAAAACAAGCAUGCAUGUUCAGUGUGCCUCUAACUCUGAAAUAUUCAUGCUGUUUUUUUUUCCUCCUGUUUUUCAGUUUCAUGUAUGGGGAGCUCACAGACAAGGACACGACGGAAAAAGUGCGGCUCACAUUUGAGAACUAUGAGAUGAACUCAUUUGAAAUCCUCAUGUACAAAAAGAACAGUGAGUAUUCAACACCAUAUGUGAGGAAGAGAAACGUAAAGUUCUGCUCUCUUGAAAUGCAAAUGUAUUCAGAGGAUGUAAAGUGUAGCCGAGUUCAAAGGCAGCCUAGAUCAUUUCUGCCUCUGCAGAAACGCACUAAUUGGUUGUGAACGGGGCCAGAGAAAACUUCCCCAGAAACACAGUGUGUCGGGCUGUGUUUGUUUCCACUUUCAGGUAGAGCUGUCCUCUCUUUGCAGGUGUUGUUGAAAGUCAAAAACAAUUCAAUUCACACCCUGCAAUCUAGAUUUUUCUGCUCACUUGUCAUCCUCUCUAAAAUUAAGCAGAUGAUGCAGCAAAAAUGUGUUGUUUUUCAUACUUUCAGGAACGCCCGUUUGGUUUUUUGUGAAGAUUGCUCCCAUACGAAAUGAACAAGAGAAAGUGGUCCUGUUUCUCUGCACGUUCAGCGACAUCACGGCCUUCAAACAACCCAUUGAAGACGAUUCUUCCAAAGGUCAGGGUCAUUAGAUUCAGUUUUUGUGACUUUACGCCUUAUAACCAAAAGGUUGAGAAUGAAGAAAAAAUACACAUAAAUUAAUCAAUCCCCCAAAAGCCCAAUAAACACACCUUAAAUGUUCACAUUAUGUGUCAGUUUUAUCCUCUAAAUCUUUUCAUAGAGAAGUUAUGAAGGAUACAUUUGUCCACUUAAUGUUGUUCACCAUUGGACCCUGUGCAUUUUGUAUCUGAACUCACAUGCACCCAUGAAAGUUGUCCGUAUAUGACACUCACAGGAAAAAUUAAAAGACCAACUGAAAAAUAAAAGAUUUCCCUCUGCUAUCACACUCAGGAUGAAGAAAUCAGAUACGGUCCUUUUCAUAUUUUCAAGAUUGCAUGACUGUAGAUACAUGAUUUAUUGUGAUCAUUUAAAGAUUUUGAGGAUGUUCAGCAACAGCAAAAAAUAAUGUAAAAACUCAUUGGUGCAUUUUAAAGAUAUUUCUACAUAUUUGAUGAUCCAUAUGUAGCUAACUUUAGCAUUUAAAGCUCCUGUGAGGAACUUUCAGCCUCUGUUAUCUUUAGUGCCCCCUGAGGACAAAGUGGUAACUCUUCAUUUGUUGUUGAAUCUGUCUAGUCCUUGUGGAAAUGGUGGUGAUUGACCUCAUUGAUCACUGAAUUUCUUCUGUUAUUUUUUCACCAUAAACACCUAGCUGUGGAUGAAAUAACAAAGGCUGUUUCUUCAGUUAAACUACCGAGCAUUUUUUGGUCUAAAAGAGGUCUAAAUGUAGCCUGAACGACUGGUCUAAAGUCAGGCUACCACAGGUUUAAAAAUGAGAGUUUUUUAGACGUCUAAAUUAAGACCAAGUUUAGACUAAAUCUAAAUCUGCGCUAUAUCUAUACUACCUUGUAUAUUGCUCAAUGGCUAUCAUGAUUAUUUUGGUUAAGUACUUGGAGAUCAGUAAUGCAAUAGCCAUCUAUUGCUCAGUGGGUACCUAUCGACCCCCUCCACAGCAGUUACAGUCAUUAAAGAUUAGAGUAUAACAAUUAUUAAACUUGUCACUUAUGGUCUUGUUUGUUUUUGCAUAUCAUAUAGAUGCAUCACUGUUCGUUUUAGUCUUUAUUAUAGCAAAAACUCCUUACAGGUGCUUUAAGUUCUUGUGAGAAGUUUUCAGCUGGUCAUGAAGUUGAAACUGAUGCUCCCCGCACAACUCACAAUUCCCCAUGUACCUGAUGGAAAACUGUAUCUUUGAGAGUCACAAGCAAAAACAAAGUUUGAAAGGAAACAUUUGACAUCAAAUCUGUCCACUUUGAUGUUACACAGUGUUUUAGGCCAAGCAUUGCUGUUGCUGCGUCUAUGUAAUGUGUCCAUAUCCAUCAACAAACAUUCACGUGAUUCAAGGCUUCUCUUGUACUGUAGGGCUAUGAAAAUCAGUUUAACAGGGCACAAAUGUAAGGCUGUUGAGGGCUUUUUUGAGCGCUUAUUGUUCAGCAUGCCCCAGAAAUAAUUAAGGUUUGAUAAGCUUAGUUAUCAAGAGCUUAAGAACUGUUCAACACCACAGAAAAAUAAUUUUGAGAGCCUGAUUUAAGGAUUCUUUUCACAAGUCCCACAGCCCCAAAGAUAUGCUGUUGCCCCGGGAAAAAUCCAGUAUCAGAAAACAUUUUAAAAAAUCAUCUUGUAAAAGUUUGGGCUCACUGACUGUGCUCUAAUCCUCAGGUUGGGGAAAGUUUGCCCGACUGACUCGAGCUUUAACAAGCAGCAGAGGAGUCUUACAGCAGCUGCAGCCCACAGUGCACAAAGGAGAGAACGUCCACAAGCACUCCCGCUUAGCAGAGGUAUGGAGCAAAGCUGCAUGCUCGAGACUAAUUUCAUUUUUUAUUUUUUUCUGCAGUGAAGCAGACAGCUGUGCUGAACUCCAGUGUGAUUGUUCCUUUUAAAAAAGCUUUCUCAUUCAACCUUAAACUGCAGUGUUGGUCUGAGACUUCUUCACAGAAAGAUACAUUCAAUACUUGCUGUUGUCUUGUAAAUAUUUGUAGAUUUUUUCUUUUUACAAUAUUUACAAGCUCCAGGAAAAAAAAACUUAGAUCACAACUUAAAUUUCAACUUUAAACAAAAAUCUGCUGUGAAGAUACACAGUUAGGGUGUAACAACACCCCCUGAAAGCUGUGAAAUCCUGUGGGAACUGAUUUUUGGCCUUCUGCUCUGUGUAUUUAUGCGUGAUUUUUCUUGGUAGGUACUGCAGUUGGGCUCAGACAUCCUACCUCAGUACAAACAGGAGACCCCCAAAACCCCUCCUCAUAUCAUCCUCCACUACUGCCUCUUCAAGACCACGUGGGACUGGGUCAUCCUCAUCCUCACCUUCUACACAGCCAUCAUGGUGCCCUACAACGUCUCCUUCAAGACCAAGCAGAACAACGUGACGUGGUUGGUAGUUGACAGCAUCGUGGACGUCAUCUUCUUGGUGGAUAUAGUUUUAAACUUCCACACAACAUUUGUGGGACCUGCUGGGGAGGUCAUCUCUGAUCCCAAACUGAUUCGGAUGAACUACCUGAAGACGUGGUUUGUGAUCGACCUGCUGUCCUGCCUGCCGUAUGACGUCAUCAACGCCUUCGAGAAUGUUGAUGAGGUGAGUACUCUGGUUUAGAGCUUGGAAUAUUUCUCACUUUACAACUUUCACAUCUUUCCUUUUGACUUUGCACUUGGUCUAAUGCUGCGUUUGAGUUACCUCAGAAGUCAGAUGUCGAAGCUGGGAAUGACGUCACCCCCGAGUUACCAGCUUUUGAGGUUAUUAAGUCAAAAAAGAGAACAGUUGGCAGUGGAAACAAGAUGGCUACAUCUACGAGUUAUACAAGUUAUUUUAGCGCUUUCCUUGUCCGAAUAUAAGCAAGGACAAGGUGUAGCCAUCUUGUUUCCACCUCCAAUUUUGCUUUUUUCCGACUUGGUAACUGAAACGCUGGUAACUCGGGUGUGACGUCAUUCCCAGCUCGGACAUCUGACUUAGGAGGACACUCAAACGCAGCACAAGUCCUAACAUUAGUAUUUUCAUGUAGAUGCAGGAGAUAACUGGAGCACCUGUACACGAUCCUCCUUUCUAUUGGCAUUCCUCUGCAGCGAAGCAAAAUCUCAUACUGUGUGCAGUCAGUGGUUGCUUUGUGUCUGUUUUGACGUCUUGUUUACUUGGCACCUUCAGUGUUAACAUCUCUAGGUGGUUUUUGAGCUGUUUUCUCCCUUAUAUCUCCCUUCCUCUGCUGCUGACUGCUCAGCCAUCAUCCACAAAUCUUCAGUUUUGUGCUCUAAAUGAAUUAACAGCAAAAAUAAAGGAAAUACUCCAUGUUUUUUUACAGGUGCUAUCAGAAGCUAAGCUAUGGUAGAGGUUAAAUCAUGAACCGUUUAAAUGUACUGGGCUUGUUUUUGUGGGCUGACUGGUGUGAUCUGGUCGUCUGUGGUGUCACCUUUAUAAUUCAGAAUUGAUCAGUGUUGUUAUUGAGUGAAGUUAUAGGGUAAUAAGUAAGAGAGCUGCAUUAUAGGUUCUGAUUAAUGAGCCUCUAAAAAGACCAUUCCUUGUGAAAAUCUGGAGGGUCAUGGGGUAUUUUAUCGCCUGUUAACUACACUAUACAAGUAAAGUUAACUGCCGAUAAAAUACCCCAUGCUUUACCCCAGUUCUCGUUACAGAACAUCAGAUUUUUUCAAGCUACUGCAACGUAACCUUUCCCAUCUUUUUGUCCUAAAAGGCAAAUAUUUAAAAGCUUCAAACAAAUCCAAGCUGUGAUUUAUUCCAAGGAGACUGAUAGCUUUAACAUACGUACUCAAAUCAUCGUCUACAUUUUGUAAUAACUACCUUCCAUCCCAUCCCAUGCUCCAGUUAUUGUGAAAAAAAAAAAAGAGUCGGAUUGAGCAGCAUAAUAAUAUGCUUGUUUGUGAAUUCGUAAAUGUUGGACCAUAAUGAGGCAGUGUUUGCUGGAGAGCUAUCACAGGAUCUCGGGAUAAUUGGCACAUUUUAAUUGGGGGAAGGAGUGUUACAUUAUUAAACUGAGGCACUCUGCAGCCCUCUGCUUUGUCACUGAUGCCUUAAAACCAUUAACACCUUAUGACAGCUGACAAAAGCACUGAAUCAUGGGAAAACCUGCUGUGAUUAAAACCGAGGAGUCAUGCGUUUCCAAAAGUGCAUUUUGGGAUGCUUCUGUGUUUUACAGUCGACUUGUUAACGUGAAUAAAUUAGACUUUUAUGGGGUUUUUGAAGGAUUUUCAAGCGUUUCACUUUAUUUACAUCCCUGUGGAGAUCGUUUAUUUUUAGCCCACAUAUUUCUCACCUUUGUUUUAUCAUUGAGGGGAGAGUAAAUGUUUGCUUAUUAAAAUUUUCAUUAUGUUUAGCGAUUUCUAUUAAGAAAAAGGGCCAGUUUAUUCUUAUCUUAAGCUGCAUCUGAAUUUUAAUACAGCCUCUGAAUCAGGUCCAAACCUUAAUUUAUCAGGGGCUUUUUCCGCCAGCACACACACACACACACAAACACACACACACACACACACACACACACACACACACACACACACACACACACACAUAUAAAUUAAGUAGAGCCUCAGGAUUCUGCACGUGCUGGUUUUCAUUACAAUAAUGCAUCUUUGCGUGUGUUUGCAUUAGCCCGUGUGUACUUAAAUGUGUCACAUCUUGUGAUAUGUGUGUGUUAUUGCGACAGCCUGGCCAUGUAAAAUGCUGCGGUAGCAUUUAACAGUGUUGUGCAUCACACUGAGACCUCUGAGGGGCUGUCAGCCAACACAUACAGUACAAGAGGAUAUGAAAGGCUGUGGUGAAGCUGUGAAAAAAGAAGAGGAUUAUUGGUGAGCUCUGAGCACCCAGUUAUAUGUGCAGGUCAAGCAUUUUGGCCCUUUCUAGUCUUUCAACGCUUCAGCAUCCUGAACGCUGACAAGUUCAGCUGUCUGGGGUACAAAGUGUCAGGGGUCAGCAGAGGGAGAAAACAGCAGCCUUUUGGGAUCUAAAGGAUACAGCUGGUGUUAUUUGACCUUUUUUGGACUACCUUGUAAAUAAUACAUAGACACAGAAUAAAAAGUUAUUUUGUUGCUUCUGAGACUUUCAUUUGUUACACUGAACACAGUGAUUUUGCAUUUCUAUAAGGUUGGGGCGCACAUUGAGCCUAUGAUGAAGCUACAGACACAUUUACUAUAACCUGACAUCCAUUACCACUGUGACCAUUCACCUCUAGGAUCAUCUUUCAGCACGUCUCUGCAACAUCCCAGUGACUCCAAUUUGCUCCAGAUUGCUGUGAGGCAAUCCAGGGAGAGGGUAAAUGAGAGCGGGUAAACAAUCGCCCGUGUUAUUAAACCCAGCACUGAAACAUCGCUGCUGCCGCUGCAGACCUUAACGACUGACAUGAAUAACUUUGAUGGCUGUUUUCUCCCAACAGGUUUCCUAAAAGGAAAGGGAAGAUCAUUAAGAGGGAGCGGCUGUCAAAGUUAUUCUUGGUAGAUUUUAAGCAUUACACAUCACCACGGGACUGAUUGAACUUCAAAGUAUUUGUGUCAUUUCAGCGUCUGAUGCUGAGUAACCAAAAGAACAAAAACAAGCCAUUCUUGAUGCAGUCUGAGCAAAAAGUGGACACAGAACGCAUGAUUUUAUCAAACUAAACAUGCUUUGCCACCACAGAUAAGGUUUUUAUUUUACUAUUUAUUGGUUAUAUGAUUUCUCAUUGCUCAUUUCUGAUCUUUCCUCUGAUGUUUUUAUUUCUUCUUUUUCAUCAAUCCAUUCUGUUUGCAUGGCCUACCCAUCCCUUCACCUUCCUCUUCUGCCUGUUUUCAUGCAUGGGACACGAUGGGAAGAAUUGGAACCACCGAGCCGUCACUCAAGUAGGCUUCACUUUGACAAGAACAGUUUUGUGUUUCUGUUUACGCAUAGACACAUUUUCAAACCAAAAGAAGAAGAAAAAAAAGCUGCAUUAACUUUCCACGAUCGCCCUGACAACAAGCUCCACUCAUCCCCUAUGAAAUAUACUCGUGCAUCGGCAUUUCAGCUGGUGUGUGUGCGGGAUGAGAGUUUGACAGCAGAGGCAUCAUUGCAUGAAGUAAAUGUCAUAGAGAGCAUGAUCUGUGCUUCUUGAUUUUUUUGAUUAUUUCUCCCGCUCAGGCUUUAUAUUGCAGAGAUGACAUUGAUCUGAUUGUGUUCUGCAGUUUCAGAAUGAAAAACAGCGCCAUUAAAGCUGCGCAAGAGCUGAUUCAGUCCUCGAGUCAGCAAUACAUGCCAUUUGUGGCGAAUAAACGGCAGCAAUGUGAUAGUUAAAAAUUCAAAACAAGUCAUUCCAGUAUUGAAAUAUACUUUAGGAGAUAGAGCUUGAAUAAAGUGUGAUACAUGACUCUAAAGCUGCGGAAAUAUUUUCAGACAUUUUCCUUAGUUUUCCUUUCCGUCAAAAGGUCAACCGUGAUGUCUGAGGCCAAAUAUCUGAAUUUAUUUCACAGUAAAAUAACUGAAUUAUCGAUCAGCAGAUAAAACUAUGAAUAGUUUUUGCCCUUUUAGAGACCUUGUAAAAACUUGAGCCAACUAAACGCUGAUAUAAUCUAGUAAGAUAUACAGACUGCAUAACUCCCUAAAAAAAUAAUUAUUUUUGUUGUUUUUUUUAGGCAGAAUUAGUCAAAUUAUGGAGUUUGUUUCAACUGAUGAGCUCCAGAGUAGGGUUUUUACUUUCUGUUUUAUGCUAGGCCAAGCUGACAGCCCUUUGCCUUUAGCUCCCUCUUCUGAGCACAGAAGUGAGUGAACUAAGUCUUUCUUUUUUAAUCUCUACAAAGAAAUGAUAAAGCCAGUGUCUAACUGCUUUUACAAGGUUACUGAUCAAUUUUCCAAUCAAGUUUAGCCCCUUUUCAAGCAUGAGGAUUUAGCAAACAUGAAUGGUACAAUUUUUGUGAUAUUUCAAAAUCUAUGUCGUCAAAAGAGAUGAUACAAAAAUAAAGCGUUUUUCUUUUAUAAACUGACCAGCUAUGAUAAAGCAGAUAUAUCACCUUUUUUUUUUUACUUUGGAGACUUUAAACAGUGCUAAUUCUAACUUAAGACGUAUAAUCAAAUCAUGUUAAAUUCUAUGUAAAAAAAACCUAUGAGUCUGGUCUCCCCCAAUUCUUUUUAUCCUUGAGUUAACUCACUAAGACAUUUCAGAUACUUGCCCUAGUAGAGUUUGCAGCAGAGUUUAACAGCAGGAUUGCACAGAUAACCGAGUUGUGUAGGAGCUCGGGUCUAUAAAGUGAUUUUAGAGAAGCUGAGGUGUCUGGUACGCAGCUAGAUCAGAUCAAGUGACAGCGAGCGCUGCAGUCGUACUCGGAUUGCACACCACAGCACAUUAGCCAAAUCAAUACCUCUCCCAGGACACACACACAUACACAGACACACACACACACAAACACACACACACACACACACACACACACACACACACACACACACACACACACACACAUGUAAACUGAUGGGGUUGUCUGUUAGAAUUACUGAGAGGGUUCUUCACGUUAAGUUGACAUUUGGCUGCUUGUUAUGUAACUGCUACACAGGUUGUAAAAUUUAAUCAUGUUUCACAGGAUUGUUUUAACACUAACUUGGCAUAUGUUAACACCAAGUAUAGUUUAAUAUCUUCUUUGUACAUUCUGUUGUCACAAUUGCUCAUGAUAUCACAUUAGUUAAGCUUCGUAAGAAGGAUUCAGGCAUUUUUAUAUCGAUUUUAGAGGGUUAUGAUAUAAUAAGGCAUUAUAUCAUAAACCUCUGAGUCAGGAGAGUCAGUGCAAACAAAAGAACAACUCACAGUUUUUCAUAGAGCAUUUAAAUAGAACAAAAUCAUCAUCAUUAAUCAAAAUAAUCUCAAUUUUUGACACAGAUUCUGUGUUAGUCUGAGGAUUUCACCUCAUACCAUGUCAGAUUUGAAUAUUUUCAACUAUUGAAAAUAAGUGAAAUGUGAAAAAAUAUACAUUUAUUAUAUUUUGUACACUAUAAAGAAGAUUUUGUACACUAUCCUUUAAUUAGAAGUCACUGAAAUUAAUUUUAUCUAUUAGGUAUUUAGUUAAUUCUUGCCUUAGAACAGAAUAUCUUAAUUGUCAUUGUACAUGUACAACGAAAUUGUGUGCAAAUAAUAAUAAAAAUAGUAAAUGAUAUAUAAAUCACAUUAAAAAAGAAAGGUAAAAACUUUUUUUUUGAUGUGUUUGUCCUCAUUUUAAUGUUGCAUAGUAACAGCAACAAAAUCAGCUUUGGAUAAAAAAUCAUGUUGGGCCAUAAGAAUAUAAAUGUUUAUUUGUCUGUUUAUGUGACAGGGAGGAUGCAUGCAGGCAUCGUUACAUCCAAUAAAAUAGCAACAGAUAAUGUGAAAACAGGACCUCUAGCCAUAACUAAUUUGCAGUCCUUGUCUGAAAACUUAUCAGUUUUAUAACAAUAACUGCUCUGCACAAAGGGUAUAACUUCACAAACACUAACAAGAAUACUGUGUUGAGUAAGAUGGUACAUCAGCUCACAUUUAAGCAGUUUAUUAAGAGUUCAUUCAUGGCUGUAAAGAAAGAUGAUAAAUUACCUAAUAUAUAACACUACUGUAAAAAUACUCACACAUAUAAACAAGCUGCUUAUCACUACCUUAUGGUUUACUUUAAAGCAUGUUCAGACACCAAUAACUUUUGUUCUUAUGUUUAAGUCUUUCUGUAUACAAGAGCUCUGCAGUCUCAGUUUUUCUAAAAAAAAAAGUUCAAUUUUCUUACAAAAUUGAGCUCAAACAAAAGAGUUUUACAUUCAAUUGAGCAAUGACACAAGCACUUUUCUGAUAUUUGCCUCUGUUUCUAUCUCUUUCUUUAAUUCCUGUCAGGGGAUCAGCAGUCUGUUCAGCUCACUGAAGGUGGUGAGGCUCCUCCGUCUUGGUCGGGUGGCCCGUAAACUGGAUCACUACAUAGAGUAUGGAGCGGCUGUACUGGUCCUGCUGGUGUGUGUUUUUGGACUGGCCGCUCACUGGCUGGCCUGUAUAUGGUACGUUCAUGACAUCAACUUCAUAUGAUUUACAUAAAACAUUGUGUCAAAACACUGUUGAGCCAUGAUUUUGAUAUAUAAGAGAUUGAGUUAACACGAAGAGACUGUUGAUGAAGCUAAUUAGUGCAUUAAUUACCACUUUUUUUUCACAUAUUGUCAUGUAUUUUUUGAUACCUGGGAGCCAGAAGGAGUUAUAAUGGUUUCAAGAGAAUUAGUUUCUCCCUCAUUAAUUAUGUAAAUUUAUGGAUUGCGGGUCUCUAAAGUCUAAUCAGAUCAUCCACUCUACAGGGGACAAGAGUGGUGAAAGCAUUAAGUUCCCAUUAUGUGUUGUGCUUGAUUUAUUGUGUUUAUGAAAAUGUCUAAAAACACACACACACACACACACACACACACACACACACACACACACACACACACACACACACACACACACACACAGUAUGUAUACAAUGACUAUUAUGAAAACUAACUGACUUAGAAACUCAGAAAAAGACAUUGAGGCUGAUUCUUUUAAAUGACACGGAUAUAACUUUGAUUGUGAUAUCUAUGCAUUUAUGUAAAUUUCAUGUCUAGCGAUCUAUCCAUAAUUAAAAGAAGAUGACAACAGCAUAUUUAUGAAAAUCCAAAAUACAUUCAGGAACAUCCACAAACCUGUUGGCAGUACACACACACACACACACACACACACACACACACACACACACACACACACACACACACACACACACACACACACACACACACACUCACACACACAAGACUUUCACCAAUAUCACAAACAAUGUUUAUUUGUCCAGACAGGAAAAUGAAGGCUGAAUGAACGAAACUGGCAAUGCUCCAAAACUAGACUCAGGAGCAAUAAAAAUAGCUCCUGUAUCGUUUCCUUCAGUGUGGUUUCUCUGGUUUCCAUGGUCACACUCAGAGCCAUGGCGUUGAGUCUAGCAAAGUUAAACUCUCAUCAAUCAUGAUCACCAGGGUAAUAAAUAAGAAAGUCUGAAUCCUCACAGUAAAAAAGAAAAAAAAUAUUGUUGUUCAUCUUUUCUCUCAAUUUUCUUUUCUCCCUUGAAAAAAAAACUUUCGCAUUAUUCUUCAUCAGGAGUCUAAAAUAAUUACAGCUGAGAGGCGUACAUGCUAGAGCUCAUAGUAAGCUCAAACGACUGCUGUGACUGUGUCGAGCCUCACAGAGCAUGACUGUAAAUUCUAGAUCUUGUUAAACUUUGAGUGCCACGUAUUUACAGCCCCUUGCUUCCAGUAUUUUCACACCUCCUAGGCUACAGAUCUUUAGGGUGCAUGAAAACAGAUAAUGCUGCACUCUCAAAUGGACCCCUCUUAAAUCAAGUAACCAGGACUGCAACGAACCAAAACCUUUUAGCUCCGACACAAUAGUAGACCUUCCAAACAAAAUCAUUCCAGCAUCGUUAUUGCGGCAUGCUCGUGUUAGCAUUUUACACAUGUCACUGCAUAAGUAGGUAACCAUGCUUUCUCACACUUGUUGUCAACAUUCAUAACGUGCAACACAUUUGACUACUCCUGUCUUACUACGCUGCAGGUACAGCAUCGGCGAUUACGAGGUCAUCGAUGAAGAAACAAACAUUGUUCGCAUGGACAGUUGGCUCUACAUCCUGGCUGAGACGGUGGGUACACCGUACCGCUUCAAUGCAAGCGGCUCAGGAAAGUGGGAGGGCGGGCCAAACAAGCACUCGGUCUACAUCACUUCUUUGUACUUCACCAUGACCAGCUUGACGAGUAUCGGCUUUGGUAACAUCGCCCCAACAACAGACGGAGAGAAAAUCUUUGCUGUGGCCAUGAUGAUGAUAGGAUGUGAGUGGAGUCGUUUUAUCUUUUAUCUAGUGCAGCAGAUGCAUGAAACAUGAGGAGUUUAACUAUGCUCUUUAAAGCCACAACCCACUGAGAUAGGUAUAUAAAUGAAUUAUUAAUAAAGCAAUCUAAGUUUGGAAAUAGAACUUUACAGAUGAUUAGCUAAGCAAUAUGUCUAACUUCCCUGCAGCUUCCAAUCUACCACUGUGGUUGAGUAUAUAAUAUGUUAGAGCCACCCAUUACACUAUUAUUUUACACAACCAUAGGUGUGACAUUGGCGAAGUUGAAAAGCAGAAAAAGGACCCAAUUGCAGAACAAGAAGUGUUUUAAUGAAAAAAAUAACUAAAACAAAAAUGUCCAACAAAAUAUCCAGAAUCCAACAAAGGCACUGAAGGAAAAACCACUUGGAGAUACUGGAGACACUGGAGUCACACAGAGGCAUCGACAUACAUACCACUCAUACAUUCACACACAUUCACAAGGAACCAACAAAGAAACACAGGAAGACAAGGACUAUAUAUUCACACAGGUUAACGAGCAACAAGAGGCAGGUGAGACACAGAGACACAGGUGCAGACAAUCACAGAGGAGGGAAAACUGAGGAAGUAAAACAAGACUAGAAACACAGGGAAUAAACCUCUACAAAAUAAAACAAGAAACACUGAAAACUGAUAAAGAAUAAAACACUGAGAACAUGAGGAAACCAGGGUUAGACACAAACUGAAAACUCACAAGACAGGACCACAAGGGAACAGGAACAAUAGGGCACAGAGACACAAGGAAAAAUCACAAAGAAAAUACACUUGAAAGACCAAAACUAUGGAAAAACUCAAUACCAGAACAUGGAUCAUGUCAGUAGGUCUGGGAUUCCUUUUCUUUCUGUUCUUGCAUACUAUCAACUUUAAAGGAAUCUGUUUACAAAAACAUCUGACCUUAAUAAAGUACUUGGUGGCUGUCUAACAUGAGUCUGGUCUUACCCAAGGUUUCUGCCUGUUAAAAGGAAGUUUUUCUUCGCCACUGUCACUCAUGUUAGAUGAGAUGGGCCAAAUCCCAUCUUAGGUUGGGUCUUGAAUCCAUCAAACAAUGAGUGUGGUCUAGACCUGCUCUUUUUCUUUGGAAAGUGUCUUGGGAUGACGACUGUUGUGAAUUGGCGCUAUAUAAAUAGAAUUUGAUUGAUUGAUGGAUUGAUUGAUUGAUUGAUUGAUUGAUUGAUUGACUUUCCUGCAAAAUUGAAUGGUGGAAAUGAAUAUUCUGCAGACAUUAAUUCAGCUUUCUACAGAUGUUACUAAAACUAACAUUUGAAAUGAUAUCUGUUGAACAUUAUCUUCAAAUGUCACUCUUUCUGAUGAAUAUCGCUUCUUUAAAAUUUUUUAUUUCUUUAUGCAAUUAUCAAUUAGAAAACAGACACGUUGAUCUCAGUGAAAGAGCUUUUCAGUUUCUUGCUUGUUUUUCAUACCUGCAGUUGGUGACAGAGGUUGUAAAUGUGUAAACCUUUCAGCACAGUGACUUGUGUUUGUAGCACACUUUUAUUUUAAGUUUGGUUUUAACUGUGGACUGUCAAAAUAAGCAAACAUUUGUUCCACCGAUCAAUACGUGUUUUUAAGGUGAUGCCUCCUUAGGGAAAAUGGUAAUGAUACUUCUAACAGACACAAAUUCGAUUUUAAAAAGCUUUUUUUCCCCUCAGUUUUAAGCUUUUUGUUGAAUGUAAUGAUCCUGAUAUCAAAUUGUCAGGAAAGUGGGCAGCAAAGAGUUAGUAGGAGUUUAGUGAGCCAUUAUGACUAAAAGCUCUGGUGUGUUCCAGACUGACUAAUAUAUCAACAGCCGAGCAACUAGCCUGAGUUUGAAACCCAAGUAGAAUCAACAAGUUUUUAUUGUCAGAUAUUAAAACCAAUAAAGAUAAUGUUGCUUUCUCAGUUGUUAUUUAAAUGUUGAGAUAAUAAGGACUAAUAUAGUUCCUGUCUGGUCAGUACACUUGUGAGGACUGCACCCUCACAGGACUAACAUGAAGAACCCCAAAAUCAAAAUGCUUGACAUGGCAGAUGAGACUGUCUUUGUCUUAGGCAAGUGAAGCCCCGUCAUACCUCGAGACCAAAUGAGCCUGCACAGUCUCUGGUCUCUGUUUUUGAACUUCAUCUCACACAAUAUGAUUUGGUCCGUGCUCCGGUUGUGGCAGGUUUUCUCUCACCAAGAUGGGCACCUAUAAGGCACACCUGUGUACCUUGGCAAGUCGCAUAUUAAAGCAGCACCUAAUAAAUUUUGUAUAUUCUCAGCAUGUUUUCUCUCUCUCUUGUAAAUCCACAUUAACAGUUUGGAGGCUGAUGUGUAAGUUUUAGUUGUAAUUUUUUAAAGAUAAUUAUAUCUUUAUUUGGGACUUUUAAACAGGCACAUUAACACAACAAUCCAGCAAAAACAUGAACAUACGUCCUCCAAUUUUGUUUGUUCUGGGCCUGGUAGUUAUCAGCCCAAUCUUUGGGGGCAUAUGAGUCCACAUAGAGCAAACUUUUAGACCUAAAGUCAGAGUUGACUUGUCCUUUAAAUCAUCCACUCUCCUUAAAUAAAUUAGGUUUCUCUUGGCUGUUGUUGGGUUGUAAAUUUUGAUCCAGAAAAUGUAAAUGUUACAGAACGCUGAGUCAAAGCAUAAAAGCAAAGCUGUGAAAUAUUACUUCAGCGGUAAUAUUUUAGAGAAAAUUUAAUUACAUUUGGGAAACUUAGUUUCUUAUUCUGCCACUUGUUGAGGCUUGCCAACACACAGAAGGAGCCAUUUUGCCGUAGACAUGAAUAGCAAAGCCCUGUGCUAUAAUGUAGUUAAGACACCCACUGUUACUACCUAACAAUCCCUCUAAUAAGCCGAGGAGGAGGCAGAUUUUCACAGCUUGCUUUGCUUUCCACAUCUCACUAUUAAACAUUUAUAAGAUAUCUCCAGCUUGUGUGACUUUCAAUGCGUCGUACUGUGCCAUGCCAUUAUGUGUGACUGCACGCAGUGAACAACACCUCCAAGCAAUAACUGACACUGCUAGAUCAAUUUAGUGCAGGGCUCCCUCUGAUCCCUCUGCAAUCACUCCUCACCUCUGUUGUACUUUUUUUCCUUCUACAAUCUCAACCCUGAGGCGAGUUGUGAUUGUCCCCGCUCUCUUUUUUACCUUUUGAAUGUUGAGUUUUAUGAAUCUGCUCUCGGGGGAACUUACAGAACUCAUCCUCAGACUUGUCUAAAUUUUUCAUUGUUAGAUUCAAAUCCUCUUCAAGCGUAAAUAUCCAAAAAAAGCAACAGCCUCAGGAGGCUUGUUGUAGAUGCAAUCUACUGUAGUCCAUGGCUGUUCUCUAUGAAAUAUGAAUGCCCUGAUACUGUGCUAUUUUUACCACCAGCACUGGAUCGGUGCUGGCAGUAGAAGAUCACAGUGUGACGAGGGAUUUGGGGAGGGGUGGGGAGGUGGUGGAAGGGGGGGCUUUAUACAUAUGUCCUGUUUCUAUAGCAACCGUAGGCCUGGGGCUCGUGUUUCUGACUACUGUCUUUUAACUUCAAACAAGCCAGCUGUUGGAUGCUUGGGAACGUUGCAACCAAGUUGCGAACGUCAGCAAGAAAAGAGCAACGUUGGGAACUAGAUGAAGGGCCGUUCCACAGGGAACGAUUGAGUUUCUUUGUUGCAGCGUUUUUCUGCUUAUCAGAGGAAGGAGCUUCGCAAUCUGUCCUCAAGCUUGAGGUUUCGAUCAUCCCAAACUUUGGCAGCUUCAGAGGGAGGCUUCUGUCCAAUCAUCUUCGAUUUAAUGGGCUCAAACCUCUUUAAAACCUUUUCUUUAUGUGAGAACUUGCAGAUUUCAGUACCUGCAGUAAAAUGUGGUACAACAUGGUGGGCAUAUCUUUUGUGUGAAGGUGAUAAAGAGUAUCGUACUGCACAAAAAUGCUUGAAAACAUGACGUAACAAAUGAGCACCAGUGAUGAAAGGAUUAAAGUUACAGUUAUCCUCACCCUUGAGGAGUUGCGAGCUCUUUUUAAUUAGCAUUAUUCCCUGUGCAGCUUUUCAAGACUUUGAUUGUGCACCCUGAAAUAAACAACACACACAAACAAACGCACACACGGACAGGUUACUGUCAUCUUCUGAGGAUAAUUGAAAUGUGUGGCUGGCAUGUUUCCCCUCUGUCCCUUCUAGCAGGGCUAAUUAGGACUCCAUUGCCAAGAGAACACUACACACGCAGUGCGCAGACAUGUGAUGGCUUUGAUCCACGCACACACCAGCUGUUGCACCAGUUCACCCACCUCAGCGAUGCACUGCUAUACUCUGUCUUCUUUUUCUUUGAGUCUUAUCUCACAAGACAUGACACAGUAUAUUUAGCUGGAUGUUCCUGGCAGAGGAUGGAUUGAAACACGCAAAGCUUUUAUUGUAGUUUUUCCUUCUGGGGAAGUUUUGUUGAUUAUGUUUGGAGGCCAUUAUGGGCUGAACUGUUUUAUUUCUUACUAAAUAGAGAGCUCAUGUGACAUUAUCAAAUCUUAAGGCUAAUUUUGUCCACUACAUUUUGUGAAACAGAAAAUAAAACAAGCCAGAACCAUCUCAGGGAAACGUUUGUUUUCACUGUGUGAGGUUUUUAUCCAGCUUUGGGGUAAUUUUGGUCUUCUACAUCAAUCUUAGAAAAUUUUAUGCAACAUGGUAUGUCCUCAUAUAUUACUUUGUGAAAAGUUUUAUGUCUUUGUCAACAGGCUUGAAGAUUUUUGAUCCUUGAAAACCUCAUUUUUGGGAAAUUUAGAAGCUUCUAAAACAUAGCUAGAUUUUAGAAACUAGAUGUCCUUGUAUUCCGGUUUGGGGGAUUUUCAGUUCAGGUUCCUUUCUCUAGGAUUUUGAGAUUGACAUGUAUUUAAACAUUUUACAUGUUUAUGUAUGCCUACAAAACUAUUAUAGUAAUAUAUAAGCCACUGGAAACCGUCAUAAAUCUGCAGUUCUUCAAAAAUGAAUAUUUAUAGAACUAGCACCAAGUUUAUACUAACAAAGGUUUAGUCAGAUGUUUUAUCUCAUGAGCAGACCAGACCCUUCAGAUCAAUAAAUGACUUUCAUGAUUUUCUGCUAAGUUCACGAACCAAAGCCUGAACCCUAACCCCUACCCUGUUUUUUUUUCUUUAUUUAUUUUCAGCUCUCCUUUACGCCACCAUCUUUGGUAAUGUGACAACAAUUUUCCAGCAGAUGUACGCCAACACAAAUCGUUACCAUGAGAUGCUGAACAGUGUUAGAGACUUUCUGAAGCUCUAUCAGGUGCCCAAGGGUUUGAGUGAACGAGUUAUGGACUACAUUGCCUCCACCUGGUCCAUGUCACGGGGUAUAGACACCGAAAAGGUAGGUUAGACUGAGUCAUCUUUCAAAGCAUACACGUCAUUACUUGUAGUUACCUUGAUAUUCUGGUAUUUGAAGAUAACGCUGUGAUUACUGCUGUUUUCAGAUGAAAUAAACCUUAAAAUGGACUAUGUUUAUGAAGCGCUUCCUCUUGCCAUCAUACCUCUCAAAGCACUUUUCCAUGACAUGUCUCAUUCACUCAUUCACAAUCCUGUUUGCCGAGGAUGCCAAGCAGAGUGCCCACCAUCUUUAGCUUCUUCCCCAAGAACACUUAAGCGUGUGGCAACAGCAGGAUCUGGCCUUCAGAUCUAAAGUUCAAAAAUAUCUACAUAAUAAAAACCUCAAUGUGAUUAUUUUUAGACAAUCGGAACAAAAGGUGUGCAAUGCAUUGACUGUAGAGCCUCUAUGGUGCUGCUAGUAGGAGUUUGCUUUGUUUGUUUAUGGACAAAGCAAAGCUAGCUCCUACCUCUUUUUUUAGCCUCUAGCAAAGGAAGCUACCUAAAUGUUUGUUGUAUCCUUACAUAACAGACUGAUAGAUACAGGACUGGUCAUCCUACUCCAACGAUCCGACAAGACAGAAUUUAUGAUAUAUGGCAUUUUUACCCCCAAAAUACACACUAGUCCUUCAAUGAUUUGUUUAAUUCAAAUACAACAUGUUCAGUGUGUAAGAGAGCAGGGUGACUAACUUUUUUGCAAUGUGCUGAUUAGGAAAUACAAAAACAUUUAAUUACUGUGACGUAUUUAGUAAAGUAUUAGCUGUAUUUUAAUGUAAUCGAAUGUGUAUGUUCUUGAUGGCUGAAGCAAAACAAGUAAAGGUCAGAUUUUGCCCAAAUUCAUCAAUAUGAUUUAGUCAAGAGGAAUGUCUUCAUCUCUGAGGAGCAUUAUCAAUUGCCGAGGGUCAUAAUACCUCAGGACACUUCCUCUUAGUUAAUACUGACAUCAAAGCAAGUUUAGCAAAGCAUUACGCGUCAGGUACCAUUCAAGCCUGCUCAGGGAAAUGCCUCAUACCACUUGUCUUUAGUGUUAUAACCUGCCCCUUAAAAUUAAUGGUAGAGUUUUAUUUUGAAAACAUACUUGAGCCGGCCAGAAAUCUGUCCGAGCAGAUGGGGAACAACACACUUUAGCCUGGGCAAAGAAAGCAUGAGGUUAAAGAUGUGUAUUGUUCCUAGAAUACAUCCUAACCCUCAUUUAUUUCCCUAAAAUACAACUUUUAUUGUAAUUAUUCCUGGGUAUUGAAUUAUAUAAAAGUCAUUUUCACUGUUUUCACUUGUUUCUAUAACUCAAGAGGGUUUAUUCUUUGGGAAAAUUGAGUUUCCUAUUAUCAAAAUGUGACAGUGGUUUUUGCGUUUAGGGUACAGUAAUAGAGAGUCACCCCCCUGCCAUCCCUCUGAAUUUAAAUGAUGCUAAAAUGAUUUGAGUGUGUGGAAAUUAAGCAAUUUAGGCUGCAGCAGACAGAUUGAACUGGUGCCUCUCUGACUGAUGUGAAGCCAGAAAGAAUUCAUAUCACUGCAUCCCAUUUAAUCCAACUGUCCAAAAUCCAAUUAUGGGAAAGAUUUUAUUAUUUGAGCUCAAAUAAGAAGCAGAACUUGUUAUAAGACAGGGAUUUUGUUUCUAGGAAAAUGUAUGCACCCUAAUGGUUAAUCUGUAUUUAUCUACUUACUGUAGCCUCUUUAUAUGUUACUCUCUCUCUGCACUUAUGUAUUAUUUAUUUGUCUGGCUUCAGGCAACACUAAAGGGUCUAAAAAUGGCACCUAAUCCCUCCCUGCUUGACAUUCAUCUUCAAAGAGAUUUGUUUUAAAGGCAGUCCUAUGACUGCCUGGCAUCCUGUUGAUUAGGUGUACUUGAACGAUAUGCUGCUGCUUGCUGACACUUACCGGAGAGGCUGCAGGACUGGGAGCUUCCAUGUUACAUUAUAAAACAUCAACAUUAAACUGAAGUGCUGUGCAGGAUUUGAUGAAAAUGAACAGUUCACUUGUGUUGUAGACUCUCCUAAAGCCAGUGAAAAAGAUAGACUGUGAUAGGUGGAUCAAUAUCAGGGUGGAGGCUGUUUUAUUUCUCUUAAAUAAAUAAUAGAAGUGUCUACAGAAUAUUUAGGAUGAUUUUUCUUUAAACUGCCAAUUUUCAUUUUAAUCAUUUUGAGAUUCCAUAAACAUCUGAAGUCAUAAACAUGUGAUUGUAGACAAAAUCCCUGAGCUGUUUUCUCUGCUAUUUUUUACUUGAUAGGUGCUUCAGAUUUGUCCAAAGGACAUGAGAGCAGACAUCUGCGUCCAUCUCAACAGAAAAGUUUUUAAAGAGCACCCGGCUUUCCGUCUGGCUAGCGAUGGGUGUCUGAGGGCACUAGCCAUGGAGUUUCAGACCAUCCACUGCGCCCCUGGUGACCUGAUCUACCACGCUGGUGAAAGUGUGGACAGUCUCUGUUUCGUGGUGUCAGGGUCACUGGAGGUCAUUCAGGAUGACGAGGUGGUGGCAAUUUUAGGUAAGUGAGGUGCCUGAGAGGUGGAUCCCUAAGCUUUAAUGUCUUAAACUUGAAGUCCAUGUAAAGGAAAUUUUGAAUUGAUAUUAAAAAAUGCCAAUUAGGGCAGCUCUACAUUUGAAGGGUUUAAAGUAAAUGUAAUAAAUUAAUGGUUAUCAGUAAAAUCUUGCCUCUCCUUUUAAACAAUGCCAAAAAGAAGUAUUUUAUCAAAGCAAGAUCUGUGCUACACAAUAACUGCUCUUGGUGUUUAACUCACUCCGCUCUCCACUUACUAUGCUGACUCUGUGCAUGUUCGCCUCAUACUUCACUGAUGAAGUAUCCACCAUCAGUCAUCAAUUCUCUGAGCCUGACCAACUCAGCUGCAGCCACCAGCAAACAGCGCCUCACUUAGCCCAUACUCUCUACUCAACCAAAACAAAGUCUCAAUGCUUUUACUUGACUCCAAACCUACAAGCCUCCUGAAGACCAUUAAACCUACAUGUAACCCUUCAAUAAUGCUCUUCAUCAACUCCUCUUUAUCAGCUGGUGGUUUCUUAACUGCAUUCAAUGAAGCCUGGGUCAAUAUGCUGCUCAGAAUACCCUCUGUCAACCCAGCCUGGGAUGAUAAUUAUCAUCGGGUUUCACUUUAGCCCUUCCCGUCCAGAAUUCUUGAGCACAGAAUCUUGAAUCAGGCCUCUGAUUUUAUGCACAACAGUGACCUGUUUGAUCCUAAUGUGAUCAGCUUAAGGCAGGGCUACUUCACUGAAACUGCUCAUCUGUCAGUAACAAAAUCACUGCGAUCAGCCAGAGGUGGUGGUCAGUCCUCAGUUCUGCUGCCUUUGACACACUGAACCACUAAAUCCUCCUCUCCAAACUCUCUAAACUUGGUAUCUCAGGAUCAUGCCCAACCUCAAAAGGAGAUCUCUUGGGGUAUCAUGAAAAAGAGAAGUAUCUAAAUCAUAAGGCUUAGCAACAGGGGUGCUCCAAUGAUCAGUGCUUGGUCCUCUCCUUUUCUCAGUGUACACAAUCUCACUUUCUGCAAUCUGCUCUCAUUGUUUCCCAUUUCACUGCUGUGCUGUUUAUACCUAUUUCCCACCAAAUAACACAGCUGUCUCAGCUCAGAUCUCAUCAUGCCUUGCUGAUAUUUCUAAAUAGAUGUGGUAACGGGACCUUCGGUUUAACCUGUUAAAGACCGAGCUUCUUGUCAUUCCAGCCAGUACCUUCAUACGACCACAGAUCAAUAUCCAGCUUGGAUCAAACAAACACGUGGCUUCAAAGUCUGCCUGAAAUCCCACAGGAUUUAAGGAAACUAUGGUACAUGAAAAUCAACAAUAAUUCUUCGCCUAAAAUAUACCUUUGUUUCUACAUAACCCCCAGUCAUCUGCUGGUGAUGGUCCAUCAUCCAUUUGUUAAGCCUUACCGUGGAGAUGAUUGACACUUGAAAGCGGCUAGAGUGUGGUUUUGUACACUGAGUCAGCACACCCAUAUCAUCCUAGAGCGGAGAUAACUGCCCAUUUUUCACAAAUUUGAAACCUAUUUUUUCAAUGCUUGGCAUUUUUUAUCAUUCAGAAUUGGCUGGAUGAAUAAUAAGUCAUUUUUCCUUAGUAUGACAACCUCAGAGCAUGUUUUUAUCAAGAAAGAAUGUGAAUUCCUGUGCAUCUCUAAGCAUGUGAUUUCCAGUUUUUUGAAAAAGUCUUACACAAAUAAGUUUCACGAACUGAUUUUAUACAUGGAUACUCUAAGGGAACAAGUUUCCUGUGUUCAAUUAAAAAUAAACUAACAUCGCUAUGCAGAAAGUGCAGAAAAAAACCUUCUCCAGAGAGUCAAUACAGCGCCCAGACAUUCUUUGUUGAAUGUGAAAAAUGAGGCCAAUAUGUGAGUGAUCCAAUCCAAGUUGACUCAUGGUCUUUAUGUGAGACCAAACCACAAAGAAACAGAGGGAAUGUAGGAAAUAUUCUUAAAUAUAAUAAAGUUGGAAAGAAAUUCUGCAUCUGCUGCUGUUGUAGAAAUAAAUCACAGAAUCCUUUUACCAAUGGGGUUUUACAACUGUGGUGAUAAUUUAGCCUGAUGACAAUCCUAAAUCCAUAGCAGCCAUAUUCUUGUUUUCCCGUCUUUUAUUGUUGCCCUGCCUUAUUAAAUACAGUCCGCAUUCUCAUCUCUAUGCUACUUUCUACUCUUCACUGCUGUUCACCAAGAACUUUAAGAUUGUUGUAAAAGUGGAAAAAAUGGGUUUUAAACCUGCAGUUCCUGACAUCAGACAAUUUUUACUUUGACUGAAUCUUAAAUGUAUCUUUUUGCAGUAAAAUCAACAUGCGCAUCGUGUCUAUGAGACCCUUUGAAAAACUUUGACACCAUUAGCAUUUUAUUGUAAUUAAUAAUGGAUUCAUCACUUAUUUCUAUUUUAUAACUGAGGCAGUCAAGGCCUGCCACUCUCCCCCAUCAAAGGAGCUGUCCCAGAUCAGCUCACUUUUUUCAGAAGAUACAGUUAAAAUUUUCUGAACUGCAAAAAAUGAUGACAUCAAACUGAAAAACAGAUGCAGGAAUACUUUUCUAUCUUGUAGUUUGUCUGCAAUGAGGACAAUAAAAACAACACAUUUCACUUAAAUUCGCCUCAAGUGUUGGUAAACAAAGUGUAGCUGUCAAAAUCCUGCUUUUGUCUCUGUCUAUGCCUGCAGCUUUUUACUUCUUGACUGCAGUGAAAGCUGCUAUUCGGGGGAUUGCUGACUGCUGAGUCAUGAACUUGGACAAGGAUAUGUUUGUCAUAGAUCCACAAUCCUUUGGGCUAACAUUUUGGGCUUUGUUUUUUUUACUUCAUCUUAAUUCCUAUCAAAGAAAAUCAACAUUUCUUGUGUUAAAUAACAUCUUUCUUUACAUGAGGGAUUUGCUUUGUCAGCACAAUUCAUAGACACACAGCUGUGCAUUAAAGGAGCAGGAGCAAUACAGAAAUCCAGCACUAACCAGGUGAUAGACUGAAAUCUAAUAAUAAUGAUGUUCUAAACAAUCUGAAGGGAAGUGUCCUCUAAAAAUGAACCUACAGAGAAUUAUAACCUGUAUCAACAACUGGACCCAGCUUCACCUUUUAAUAGCAUCUUUUUCUACAGCUUUGCACAACUGUCUUUUAAAAGUACACCUUAAGCUACAUACACAUGGCCUCAGUUUUGUCCUGGUUAAGCUGAAGAAAGUUUUCUGCCAUCCAGGAUUUGAUAUCUAAAAUGCAGUUAAAAAGAGCGUCCAUUUGCCUGGUGUCAUCAGGAGACACAGAGAUGUAGAGCUGUGUAUCAUCAGCAUAACUGUGGAAGUUGAUUCCAUGUCUCCUGAUGACACCGCCAAGAGGGAGCAUGUACAGGUUAAAAAGCACAAGGCCUAAAAUCGAACCCUGGGGUACACCACAUGUGAUUUUAUAGACUUUGAAGAAACACGUGUCUCCACUUACCAUGAAUGUCCUGUUUGUCAGGUUGGAGAUGAACUAUCUGUGAACAGCACCUGUGGGACCAAGGUGUUUUAGGCAGUUUAAAAGAAUAGUGUGGUCUACUGUAUCGAAGGCAGCACUAAGAUCCAGCAGAACCAACACUGUCACCUUUUGUGCAUCAUAAUUUAAUCUAAUAUUAUUUAAAAUCUUUACCAAGGCGGUCUCAGUAAGACAUCAUUACUCACAAAGCAAGCAGCUAGCUAUAUUAAGUAGCUAAAGAGCCUGUAUUUCCCUUGGGAGAGGGUGGAGACCAAAAAUUAAGCAUUAUGGGAGUGAUUUUUAGACUCAUGCUUAAAAAGAUAUCUACCGUUAAAAAUUAAGAUUGCUCUAUUGAGUGUUUAAAUAAGAAUCUACUCACCAAAAUUACACACAAAUCAGACACCUGUGUCAAUUAAAUGCAACGUCAAAAAAGAAAAAAAUGUGACUAAAAAGAAUGAUUAAGGUCCAUGUGACUGAAUGAAGAACCAAUUUCCUUGAGAUUUCCUAUAUUGAUGUACCCAGGUCCUCCUGUGUUGCACUGCGGAGUGUUUUCACACAGGAAGCUGUACCGAGAUACAACAAAAUAGAUCUUUUCUGUUGUUUUUGCUGCCUCGGCGAAAUCCCAAUAGAGUUUUUCUUUUUAAACUCUCUUCUAAUUUGCCUAAUGAUUGAUUAAGUGAAUAAUGGAUGGCAUGCUCUGGCUGUACCGGUGACACUAUCCUGACUGUUCCUCAUCAAUAACCUGCCAGUGGGUUCUCUGUGCAACAAUCAAUGUAUUGUCAGGAUAAUACCACUGACCCAGAUGGAGGCUAUAAUGGAGCCGUAAGUGAUAAACAAGUUACUACCAUGAAUCAAAUUCUCAUUAACCUAAUGGCACUGAGGCACAGAAACAUAUCAAGCUCACAAACAUCUCAUCUAGUCCUCGGGCUGGAGCUGUUUGAUUUGUUAUCCCUUAGACUGGUCUGCCAAAGUAUUCAGUAGCUCCUAAUGUGAUUACUUACUGUUUAUCAGAGAUAGUUAUGAAUAUUGCUUUUUUUAAUAAAUAUAUAAAUAAACUUAGAACAAAUGUGGUGUUUUGGGGUCAUUUAAAACCAAGUUGAUGAAUAUUUUGCUUGGUCAAACGCUGGAGGUAGCUUCGUUUAUAGGUUUAUGAUAUUGAGUUGGAAGAUGUACUGGCUUCAUCAACACAUUCUCACGGCAGCCAUGUUCCUCCAACAUUUCCACCUGAGUGGGAAGAUUAACCGCUUCACCGUACUGAUCGCAUAAUUUAAGUUUAACUGCAGUGGAUGGGGAAAUUUUGGCAAAUGGAUCUCUUGGCCAUAAACCAAGUUAUAAGUCUUUUCUACUGUGUCGUGUAAAUUAUCUAACACCGCAAGUAGCUAAUUAGUUUAAAGUAAGCUAGCCAUUACAAUCACUCUUUUAAAAGAUAAACUCUCUUUAUUGUUGUGUAACUCUUGAAAGAAUAACAUUAUCCAGGAAUGGUUGAUUGUUAAUAUGUGCUGUUGUCUGAUUAUUGUUAAAAAAGUCAUCACAUGUUGAAAUAUGACACUGCGUCCUUUUAUAUUUCCACUGUGAAGUUGCAAAAGAAUACAGAAGCAGUGAAAACACACUUAUUUAUGCAUUUUUAAACCAUCUGUAAGACAUUGUAAAGACAUUUUAAGCCUUUUAGACUAAAUUAGAAGUUGAAAUGCCAAGUUGGUUAGAACAGCACCAAGGAUGUAUUUAAAUCACUUUAUGAAAGGUGCACUCUUCAUGCACGGCCAGCUAACAAAAUCAAGCCCCGGUCAGUUGCAGGAACAGACAUCAAGAAAAUUAACAUGUGAAAAGGUGAAAGGGUUAAAAAUUUUGGGCCAAUUUUUGACAAACUUUGUGUUGUAAAUGGGUAAAACACAGCAAAAAUCUACAGCAGAAACCCUGAGCAAACAGCCGGUGUUAACUCUGUGCUCUCUCUCUGCAGGUAAGGGGGAUGUAUUUGGGGAUGUCUUCUGGAAAGAGGUGACUUUGGCUCAAGCCUGCGCUAACGUCCGAGCCCUGACCUACUGUGAUCUUCAUGUCAUUAAACGUGACGCCCUGCAGAAGGUGCUGGAGUUUUACACAGCUUUUUCCAAUCACUUCUCAAGGAAUCUGCUGCUUACUUACAACCUGCGAAAAAGGGUAAGUCAGCACAAUUUUAUCAAGAAAGAACAUGUUGCACACCACUCAGUUCACAUUUGACUUGUAAACUACAUGUCUUUAAAUAUUACUUCUGUGCUUCUGGGUCAGAAGAAUUAUGAAUACAGAUACAAAAGCAUACACUAUUCUUUGCCAACUUUAUCUUCAAUUUAACCCAAUGUAUUGUAUGUUGUAAAUGAGUGACACUGAAAUUUCCAAUACUAUUUUUGUGACCAUUCAUAACCGAGAAGAACAAAAAGAGAAUAAUUUUGAAUAUGUGUAACUUUCAAAAAGUAUAUUUGCAGUACAUCCAAACAAUAUGUGUUGUUUAAAUAAAAGUAGUCCCGUAAUAGUCACAUCUUCAAACUGCUUGAUGUCAGAUCCUAUGUGAGUUUUCACACAGCAGCAGGUAACUGUAAAUUUGGUCCCCUGCAGCUCAUCUGACAGCACACUGUGGCUGAUCCACUUUGGUGCGAUACUGCCAAGUUUUUUUUUUCUGUUCUUUUGAUGGACCUCUGCAGUCUGCUCUUAACCAUGGACACCCAUAGUCUGCAUUUAUUUUUAAACUUUUAAAGUCACUCUGUGUCUUACCUGCUAAAGGAUUAAAUAUGAGCAGGAGUUGUUAGUUUAAAUAAAUGUUUACUUGAGAAGGAAAAGAAAGGUUAUGCUGAAUGUAGCUGUGGGGGGAGGGGGUUAGACUGUGAUUAAAUCAGAGGAACAGAUGUUAUCAUAAAUUACAUCAAAACCUUGGUUUGACCUCAGAAAAAAAAAAUUAUGCUGAUUAACUCAUUUGUAAAAUCAAGUUAGAUUCAUUUUCACUUCUUUUGACCUGUACUUUUCCUCUUGCUUGCUUUUUUGGCAAGUUUGAAGUGUUUUCAUAUUAGUCAUGAGUCACAACAGGUGUUUUACCACCCUACUUUUUAAAGAUGAAGUAGAACAAGCACUGAGGAUGUCUGUGCUUACUGCAUUUUUCUGCACCUUCUCUUUGUGAUAAUACAAAUUUAAUAUUUAAUCUUAAGUUAACUUAGCAUCUUGAUUUAUGUGACAUUGUUCCAACAUUAAUUAAUACGAAGCAAUUGAGCAGGAAUUAGCCAUUUGCCCAUCUGUCACAGGCUUUCAUUUGUUACUACAUUGUCAAAGUACCAGCUGGUCAGAAGUUGGAGAUUAUUUAAAAUGUAAAAUGAGGUGAAAUUCUACGAUAUCCCCACUUAUGAGUUUUCACUGGUGUACGCCUCAUCUUCAGAGUUCAUCAACCAUAAUACCCGAUUUUGUCCAGAGCAGAAAAACAUCUACUGGUAUUUUAAAGCUCAGACUGCUAAGGCAGCUUUAGUAUCGUCAUAUCCAACACAUUAUGAUCAAGGUAUCAGUUUAUGUAAGAAAUUUAAUUUAACAUUUAAUUUAAUCAAAGCUCAAACGUGUUACACAGAUCAAAGAAACACAUACUAAACUUAAACGAUUUCUGUAUGUCAGAGCCACUCCAACAACCUUCAUCCAGAAGUGAACAGCUGUGAUCAACUCAAGUGUAGCUACCAGUCAUUACCUCAUUCAUGACAAGGUUAGCCCGCCCGAGAGAGAGAGAGAGUGAGAGAGAGAGAGAGAGAGAGAGCAAGAGAGAUUGAAUUGCUUGUAUAUUCAGAGGCAAUUUCAUCUGCUGCAUUAAAGCCCCUAUUCACCAGGGUACUAUACCUUCUGUAUGUAUACGUCGGGGAAUCCAGAGAUGGAUCAAACAAUAAGCCAAAAGCUGCCUUCAUGUGUAAGUUGUGAGGUUGUACUUGGGAAAUGUGGCACACAUAAUGUUCAACAUUUGAGUAGUUUGAAUUGUGAGAACAGUCUUGAAAUGAGGCUGACAAGAAAAAUGAAGGUUGUCUUCUAUCAAAUGAUGGAUGAUUUUGUGCUCACUGCAUUUUAGCUCCAUGAAAAAGCUGUGAGAAAAAAUAGGUUACAAAAAAAUGAUGGAAUGAAAACACAAUGCCGAAUCGAUAUAAAGUUAAACACCUAUCAGCAUUUUUGAAAUAUAGGGACAACAGUAACAAAUUGCUAUGAAGAAAAGCACAAUGAAGUUCACAGAAAUUUAGAAAUGAUGUUUCUUUUAAUAAGUUUGGCCAAAAAGUACCGACUUAUUUUUUUAUAGGGUCUUGGUUCCAAUAACUAAAAACACCUAAUUUUUAGUGUUUAUUUUAGAGUUUAAGUUGCAGUUCUCCAUUCUUGGCCAGUAAGUCUUUAUUUUGAUCAAAUAUCAAUUUCACAAUUUGACUUAAAAACCAAGAACCAGUCUGGACACAAUAAAAAGACGCAAAAGACUAAAAAUAAACAAAAACAAAGAAUAUAUUCUCACCUAUUGAUAAGUCAGCUCCAGAGAUCUCAGGGUUUUUUACUUAUGGUUACAGUUAGGAAAGCCUCCUCCCUUUCCAGAUGCUAAAGGCUAGACCAAGCGGUUGGCCAGGACGCUAGGCUGAGGUAACAGAAAUGCGAGAAUGUUGUCAAACAUUGUAUUCUCCAUUAAAAAUUGAAGUGAAGAAAACCUAUUAGUAAUUCAAAAAAGUGAGCUGUGUCCUAUACACUUGUGUGACCAGUCUACCAGUAUAAGAUAAGGAAAGAGGUGCUUUUUUGGGUUGAGGCUUUUAGCCAGAGGAUGGCGCUUGGCUGUGCUAUGCAUGCUUGAUAAUAAUUGAUUUGGACCAGUGUGGCUGCACAACUUUCUUAUAUCAUUUAUCUCAUUAGGUCAUAAUCAUUCAUUGAUAAGAAACAGUAGAAUACUAUUUAGCAAAUAAAUCUUGUGAAUUGCUGGUUUGACUCCUCAACAACAAAUACUACAACCACUGAGUUCGAUCCCAACUCAAGAUCCACUAACUCGCUCUCUAAGAAUUCCCAAUCUUUACAAGCCAAUGAAUGUCCGAGCCUUUCAAUGGCAACAGAGGUUAAAUAGGAUUUAUUUUGAACACGCAGGUAGAGUCAAUGUGUUGCGCCAAACAAUAUUCACAAGCACAGAAGCUAAAACAGUUGACAAAUAUCUGUAAACCAUUCAUUAGGAGCUGUGAAGAAGUUGACAGAGAGUCUCCACCAGCUGAAGCCAGAGGCAGGAUGUGAACUUUCCCUUUGUGUCGUGGGAAUUGCCUAUUUGAUGUGACAUUUCGGAGGCAUAGACAUUUUGAAACAAUGUACUCUCACAGACUGUACAGUCUUUAGUCAGUGCACCUGUUCAAUCAACUGAAGAUGAAUCAAUUGUUUUGUAAUAUUAUUUUCUAUUUAAAUGACACAACUGAUCGUGAAAGGUCGAGUUACCAUAGAAUCAAUAAAGUGAUGAGUGUAACCAUGUUGAUGAAGUCAUCUUUAAAUCCUCUUUUAGAUCGUCUUCCGAAAGAUCAGUGAUGUGAAGCGAGAAGAGGAGGAGCGACAGAGACGUAAAAAUGAAGCCCCUCUGAACCUGCCUCCAGAUCACCCAGUACGGAAACUCUUUCAGCGGUUUCGACAACAGAAGGAGGCCCGCUUGGGGACCGACAAACCAGAACUUGAUGAACAGGACAUUGAAAAAGGGCCCAUGUAUGUGGAUGUCCCAAUGGCUAACACAGCCAUUACAACCACCAGCAUCAUAACUGUGACAGAGAGCCCUGCUACACCCUCACCAUCCACGCCGUCAUCUUCAACUCCCCCCAUCAGUACUCCCUCAGAGAAGUCCAAGCUGCAAGUGCCAGCUCCAGUAUCUCUGGUUGGAGGCCGUGCUGCUGAACUACCCAAAGCUAAAGGCUGGGGUCGCUUCAAGGAGUCCAUGGCCAAAGCUGACAACUGGAAUCAAGUGUCCAAAGCUGAAUCCAUGGAGACGUUACCUGAACGGACCAAGGUGAUUGAUUCUCAGAUGUCUUUAAAGAAAACGGACUCAUGUGACAGUGGGAUCACAAAAAGUGACUUGCGUCUGGACAAAGUGGGCGAUUGCCGUUUGACGCCACAGGACCGCAGCCCCGUCCAGCCUCCGGAGACAAGGCAUCCCUUCUACCCCAUCCCAGAGCAAACUCUGCAGGCCUCACUUCAGGAGCUCAAGCUGGAGCUAAAGGACGACAUAAAGAGCCUGGGUGUCCGAGUGUCCAGCCUUGAGGCACAACUCACAGAAGCUCUUAACCUCCUCAAAGAACGGAAAUUGAGUCCUGGCUCACCGCAGCCUCUUUUUGAUGUUUCUCGACCUGCUUCACCAGAAAUGGACAAAGAGGAAUUCUUCUCUUGAAGGGUGGCUCAUCCAAAACAAUGAAGUCUAAACUCAGCUGUAAUCCAGUAAUGUCAGUAUUACUCGGCUAGCUGAAGCUACACCUUCUACAAAAGGUGACAGUGCUGUCUUUAGGACACACCAGCCUCCAGUGUAGGGGUGUACCCGUUGGUAAGCAAUGGAAGGCGAGGUCAUAGUCCAGCUCUUGGUGUCUGAGGUUACAUAAAAACUUUAAAUGCAAGAUUUGUACAUAGGUUUGAUGUAUUUUUCCAUUGUAUUUGAAUGGAAACUAGCCUGAAUGAUUUGCUUGCAGUCCAGAAUCUACUGACUAUGUCAGAUUUUAGGAGUCUCAGCAGGACCUUGUUGUAAUGCAAGAGUCUUAUAGAACAGCAUGACCCAGUGGUUUGUUAUUGAAUCAUUUAUAUGAGACUCUUUGCAUGCCACAUAAAGUAGUCAUGUCCCUCACACAGACGAUGGUGCAUAUUUGAUUAUAGGGGCCAGGCAGCAAGUCAUUUACAUUAUUUCACAGUGACAGUGAGAAAGGACAGUCUUUGCAGAUGUUGAAACAUUUACAGAGUGAUUUCCUAAAGCAAUUGAUUAAGUCUUUUAUUAUAUCAACUGUCAGGAUGGUUAUGAAUUAUACAACAGAUAACUCUGGCCAUGCAAUCAGAUUUUUACAGAGAGCUGAUUUUUCCAUAAACCGUGGGCAGAUGAGCAUGAUGACAAAUGCAAGUCAUUUGACAGCAGUAAGACAGACAUGCAUUUUAGUAAUCCAUAUGUAUUAAAACUACAGCACUACCACACACAUGAUACUCUGUAUGAGAGCCCAACAUGGUGUCCUUCAGUAAAUAUUGGCUGGAAUGACCUUUACACAGUAUUUCUAAAAUAAAUGAAUGUAAAAUAAUGAAAUCAAAGAACAGGCUUGUUCAUGUUAUAAUAUCUAGAUAGUCACUGAAACCUUGUUUUAGCCAUAAUUUCUUGCCCUUUUUUGUCUGCUGAGGAGCAUUCUCACAUUAAGCAUGCAGGAUGUAAUAUAUGUUUCAAGAAAAAAUAACAUCAUCCAAUGAAACUGUGUAAUGCAGGUUCACCUUAGAGUAGGAGGCAAAAGUACAACCUGUAAAGUUUAGGGAUGUUGUUUCCUAUGCAGACGAUCUCUUUCAGGAAUGUGAUUGCUUUGUCUGAGACCGAUGUUUGGAUAUCAUAUCAACUUGCUUGCAGCUUUUAUCUGUCCCCUAAAUGCACUUUUGAAGUGGGAGUCAACUGAGCAGACAACCAAGAUCCUUAUAAUAUGUGACAUUUCAUAAAAGGAGAAUAAAUGGGCUGAAACAUAGUUUACAGAGGAAGCAGUUUACAAAAGAAAUGUAUGAUUGAAAAUAUUUUUGAAAAUCAGCUUUUGUUUUUAGAUUUAGCUUUUAAGUUACUGUAAGGACACAGACUCACAUAAUAACCCUUACACACUUUCGCCCUAGUUUCCCAGUUUACAUCAAACUGUUUACCAAAAAUAAAUAUCUGUAUAUGAAUGUAAGAGGGUGGUGCGAAGGACAACUAUAUGAGUCAAUAGAUAUAAGAAAGGAUAGAUAUAAGGAUGGAUACAUUUAAAAAUGGGGGAGGGGGGUGGGGGGAUUACCAAACUCUUAAGUUGUUUAAUUAAAGAACUGUCAAUUAGAAGAGCUAUAUCAACCAUCAAGUAAGAGACAAGCAAUAACUGUGUGUUCAAUGUUAACACACUGAUAAAAAAAUAAACUAUGUCUAUUUUUGGUAACUAUGACGCAGUUUAGAAAAAAAACUGAACUGCUUGACGGAUCGCUACAGACUACUAAGACUGAGGACCUUAAUAGAUUGUUUUCUAUAUAUAAUAAUCUAUAUAAUAAGAUAUCAGCGGUCAUUCUUGUUCUUCUUGAACCAGAGAUGUAAUGUCACAAAGUACAUUUACUUACACCAUGUACUUAAGUGUACAUAUCCAUGUUUAUAAUGGUUGUUCAAAGAACAGUUAUCUUUCUUUUGAAACCAUCAUCCCAGCUCCUUGAAUUUGAGUUUUUGCUUAUUUUUAAAAAAUGUUUCAAUCACAGUUUCUAUUUAUUUAUUCAUUUAUUUAUUUAUUUAUUUAUUAUUGUUAUUAUUUUAUUUUAAUUUAUUGCAUUAUUUUUUGUUUGUUUGUUUUUAUUUUAUUUUUUUAUUUUUUAUUUUUUUUUUUGGGGGGGGGGUUUGCACAUUAAGAUAAAGGUUUGGACAGUUGUCCUGGAAAUUUGGCAAGUGUUUGAAGAUGUCAUGAAAGCGUGACACCUUUUGUCACUAUUGUUACAAUUUUUACAAUAAACUAUAAUUUGAGAAAACAACACUAAAUAAUUUUGCGUAUUUUCAGUUUUUUUCUUUAUAAAUAGUUUUCUUUCUGAUUGGGAAAUAGAAUACAGUGAUUACAUGACCAAAAAAAUAGUUUCAGUAAUGUAUGAAAUACUGCAAGCCUACUGGCGAAAACACUUCACAUUAAUAUUCACUAAUGUACUAGAGUAUUGUUACACUGGAAUUCAUUUAUACACUGCCCAUAACAGAAACGAUAAUUAUUUUCUAUUUAGAUCACCAGUCAAAGUUUUACACUUCUGCAAAAGCAUCUUUCUUUCUUCAGGAGACAGAGACAGAAAAAAAUAACUAUUUCUUUUUAUUAUUUAUUAUUCAAAUGGAUAAUUUAUGUUUCCUGCACGCCUCCACUCUUAUCAAGAUGAGCAGAGUUGGACACAGUCAAGGGUGAAAAGGUUUUUCUCUCCAACACAUUCACUCCCAUCAAAAAUUCAGCUCACUAAAAAUAAAUGUGAGAGUCAUCACUGCAAUGAAAUCCUCUAGUGAGGAGCCAGUGUUUGAGGGGCCAUAUGGGGCAGUUUUUACAAACAAGCUGCUCUUGGAGAGAGGAAGAACACUAAAAACACUUAUUUAUAUCCCUGUAAGAGAGUUCACACAGCCACUACAGAAAAGAGUCAAGAGUUUAAAAGUCAUAAUAGAUGGACAGAGGAUUGGCAGUGUCACUGAGGAGUUUUGACAGCUGUGUGAAAGGAAGAUAUAAAAGUUUUGCCAUCGCAGUCACAGCAUUUAUCAAAGAUCUGACAGCUUUCAUCAACAAACGUAUUUGAUAAAAGGUUACUACAGAAAUAAAACAGUUUCUGUCUUAGAGACUGGAUGGCUCAGUACAUGAUGAGAUCUUGGUUUAUUGGUCUUCAACUACAAUGAAACUUAUUUUGCAAGCAUCUUUACCAGCUCAGUCUUACCUUAUUUUUUUGAAUGUUUUUUUCACACAAAGAAAAAUAGAAAUAUGUUAUAUUUCUAGUUCUUUGUUUUUAAGCUAGAAGGGCAAGGUUAUGUUUGAAAGACUUGUAUUGCCAAAGCUGAUUUAUAAAACAGACAGAUCACCUUAUUUUUCAACAAGCUCAUCCAAAAGUAUGAUAAACUAACUGGUUUCAGCUGAAAAGAUUUCAAAUAUGUGUUUCCUUUGUAUUAAUGUGUAUUGUAUUUUUUACACUGUCAAUACACAGUUCUUUUUUUAACUCCCUUUACCUCUUAAACUAACUAGACAGGAACAGCAUCUGAGAGAUUUUCAUACAUAAAUAACUAAAAAGAUAAAAAAUGAGGUCUUUGCUUACCUGUCUCAGUUGGCAGAACUUCUCAGCAAUACAGUGUGGAUGUGUUACUAAAAUGAGAAGUAGGCUAAAACACUCAGACAAGACCCUUAAAAGCAAUAUGUUGCUAUAUACUGCAACAUUUAUACAGAAAGGUCCAAUCACCAAACUUGUCAUUAUCAUGUCGUUACUUUUACCUGAAGUCACUUAUUUGAAUAAACGCAUGCAACACUGUGCCUUUCGUAUCGACCCAUUUCCAGGCCUGCAGUGAGAAAACUAGAGUUCAAUUUCUAAUUUACUACCAUCUCAAUGAAACUGUUUCAUAGAACAGAAGUAUUUUUGUGGUCAGCUCCACAUAGCUGCCAAACAGCUAUACCCUACACACAUAUAUUAAAUCUAUAUAUGCACAAAUAUAUUGCAGUGUUUGGAUUCUAAAGGAAAAGUAUAAAAAUUUAUGAAUGGUUAAUGUAUUAUGCACAUGCCUCUUUGUUCACACUCCACGUGAUGAGAAAUAUAACUAUUUCAAGCACAAUGAUGACUCUUUGUUUUGAACAGUAACAUACUGUACUAUUCAAAAUAAAUAUUUUAUACAUACUGUA